GAAAUGGUGCUGAUAAAAAUCAAUCUGAGGAAAAAAUCGUUGCACCAGAUCGAAGAUGUGUUCACGCGUUAGCAGUGGCGGGGUGGCCACUACUUCGGCCUUUGGAAGAGGUGGAAUAAAAGUUGUCCAUUCGCUGGAAACCGCUUUCAGUUCGGUUUAUGCAAUCGAGGCGCUCGGUGGUGUAGAGCUGGUUCGCUUAUUGAACGCGGCUUCUGACAGAGUCGAACACGAUCCGGUGGUGUCCAAGGUGCUCCUUCGCGUGCAAUCCGUGUAACCUUUUGGAGGGGCGGUGUAUCCCAAAAGGUCUCCCAACCCUACAUCCGUUCUGUAUGUGGACUGUGUGGAGUGUCCAGGGCUUGUGUUUGUGCGGGAUCCAGUGUGUCCUUGUUCGCGUCGCCGGAAAGUGAGAGUUUCCCUGCAAUUGGGUCACAGUGCUCGGCGCGAUUGGAAAGGUGGAAGGGCGGUCGAAUUUUCCUUUCAUUAUGUUCUAAGCGAAUCGACCACAAAAUCUUCGCCGUGCGCGGAAAGGAAGUCGCAUGAAAUAAAACACCCUCCGCUGGUGGUCGAUUCGCAAACGGCAAGAUUGUUGGAAAGUGGCUACUCAAACCCUAUCCCCCUUUAUGGUUGCGGCCUAGAUGGUAUUCCUGUUACGGUGAAAUUAUUCAAGCAUCAAAUGUCAGUCCAGCCGUCCAACUGGGCGCCGGUGGUAACACCUUCGAAAGGGGCUGCGAAUAUGCGGCAACGGAGUAGUAAAAUCAAUAAACGUGAAAAUAGGAGACGGAAAGGCGACCAGCGGAGGUGCGGGCAGCUGUGUCCUGUAGCCGUACCAGCAGGAUACGAACGCUGGCAAUGGUGCAUGGCUGCGUUGUGCCUCUUGUCGCUUGUCGGCAGCACGCUAGCCCUGGCCACUUCCGGGCACGAAGGGCACUGCAAACAUCAGCAUCCGAAGGCGCACGAGGUAAUUCACGGCGUGCAGCUGGAACCGCAUCAUGUGAUCCGAAAACGCAGCAUCGAUCAACCACUUCGCAUCCUGAUCGUCUACGAUGAGUCUGUCUAUCGAUUGGAUACUGAUAAGUUUUCCCUUAUUAAUAACACCAUACUUCCGGAAGCGGUCCGGUUUUGGGAGCAAGCCCUCAUGGUGCGCCAGACGAAGGAAAUCAUAAGACUAAAUCGAAAGUGUGAAAGCAGCCAGGUGUUCGUGAAGAACUCGAUGACCUACUGCAUCGAUUCGUGCAAACCGAUCACACUAUGCGGCGAGGUCCAAGUACCACCAGAUCAUCUCGAUGUUUGUCGGGUUUGUAAUUCUACCGGGCAGGAUUGUCACGAGGAUCCCAACACGACGGCCGGAUCGGGCAUAUCGAAUGCAGACUUUGUGUUCUACGUAUCCGCGCUGCAGUCAGAACGGUGCCACAAGGGACUGACCGUCGCGUACGCCGCUCAUUGUCAACAGGAAGCCGGUCUCGAUCGACCCAUCGCCGGUCAUGCGAAUCUCUGUCCGGACAGUAUCAGCACGAAACCGCAGGAACUGCAGACACUGCUCUCGACGGUGAAGCACGAAAUUUUGCACGCACUCGGAUUUUCGGUCAGUCUGUAUGCCUUCUUCCGGAAUGACGAUGGUUCGCCAAGGACUCCCCGGAAGCCAGACACUGGGAAACCGUAUUUAAAUGAAAAGUUCCAAAUCCACCAAUGGAGCGAUGAAACGAUCCGGAAGGUCGUCCGUACCGAUUGGGCCGUCCGGGAUGGUACGAUCAACCGGACGAUCGAUAUGUUCGUGACGCCGCGUGUUGUCAAGGAAGUGCGCGAUCACUUUAGCUGCCAGAAGCUCGAAGGUGCUGAACUGGAGGAUCAGGGUGGCGAGGGAACGGCGUUAACGCAUUGGGAAAAGCGUGUACUGGAAAACGAAGCAAUGACGGGAACGCAUACGCAAAGUUCUGCCUUCUCACGCAUCACACUAGCCCUGAUGGAGGAUUCCGGAUGGUAUCGGGCCAACUACAGCAUGGCGUCGCCCCUAACGUGGGGCCGCAAUUUGGGAUGUAAUUUUGCCAUGCGCAGCUGUAAGGAGUGGAUUACGUCUAAUACGCUGAAGGGUCGCUCCAUACAUCCCUUCUGCGCUAAAGUGAAGCGGGAUCCACUUCAAACGGAAUGCACCGACGAUCGCAGCUCGGUUGCACUGUGCAACCUGGUGCGCCACGUAACACCACUGCCAACGCAAUACCAAAACUUCGAUUCCCUCGCACACGUACCAGUCGGAGAGGAAGGUUUCUACGGUGGAUCAGUGUCUUUGGCUGAUCACUGUCCUUACAUCCAGGAGUUCACAUGGCGCAGCAAAAACGUGGUCGUGCGUGGAUCGCAGUGUCAGUUCGAGGACAACAAUCCUAAACCGGAGAAAAAUUUUGCCCUGGAAUCGUACGGCCCCAAUUCGAAGUGUUUCGACCACAGCGAGAACAUGUGGGAGGAACGAUCCUGCCGACAGACCCGCGAAUGGCAACAUUGGGGCUCCGGUUGCUAUCAGUAUCGCUGUGAUCACGGACGCCUGCAUAUUAUGAUUGCAAACAAAUCGUACGAGUGCUUCUUCGCCGGUCAGAAGCUAAACGUUCAGCUUAUGGCCGAAGGGUGGCUACAUCGAGGUGCCGUUAUCUGUCCCUCCUGUAAGGACGUCUGCAACAGUGUGUUCGAGCGACGUGGCGAACGGUGUAAGGUGAGCGAGGACGCCCCACCGGAUAGCUUCUAUCCUAGGGACGAGCUGAGAUGUAGCGGAGCAUCAAAGCUUCAUCACCGCAGUUUCCUAUCCCGUUUUGUGCUGCUGACGAUGACCUUCACAGCCAGUGCGUACGUUUCGCGGCUGUACAGCUAAUCAAUGUUUCCUAUGCACCGAUCGCCGAUGCUGUGCAUCGUGCGCAAUAGGAUGGAUAGAAAACAACCAUUUCAUGUAUGUGAUAAUAUCAGUGAGGUGUUCGAUUUGACUACGACCCUAAGAGAAUGUUUCCGUUGUACAUAGUAAGUCAGGACAUCAUAGUUAACCUAGGCUAGGGUACCUUUCCAGGAGGUAUUUGAAACGAUUUCCGGCACAAGUACGUUUGAGAAGUAGUUAAAGAACUAAAUCAAUCAUCCCAUCUCUCAGAAGAAGAUUCUGCAGUACCAAUAACCGGGUUUUUUUUCUGUAAAUAAGUAAUUAUUUGGAAAGAUGCAACGAUUUACGGUGUAUUUCUCAUCUCGUUUAUUAAGGUGCAAUUUCAAAUUUAAUUCUCGGUCACAACAUUCCAAAACACGAUGUGGGUAAUUUAUUUAGUAUGGUUUUAUUGGCCUUUAUUAUCAGUCAAUUUUACCACUAUCGAAUAGAUCAAAUAGAUUUAUUGAAAGAUGGAGGGCUAAGCUAAUGUAGGUAUAAUAAGAAGAGCAAAAAAACACACAGACCUUAGGCCAUAUGCAAUACAGUGAUCCCAGGCUUCACUGCAUGCUUACAAUUGUCUCUACGAAACGUGAUGAUAGGCACAGUAGGACUGAAGGAAAUUAAAAAAUCACAAAACUGCCAAAGUCAUUCGUUUGAGUUAAUGAAUUAAAUUCGUUUUUGUUUUUAAAUAAAAUCACAACUGUC